AUGCUGCUUUCAUCCCGCCUGGACCCGUUUCAGGUUGUGGGGUUUUGUAUUCACAUAGCCCUUGAAAGGCCACUCACACUGGCCUCGUUCCUCCUCCCUCGAUUCAUCAGCUCCUCUCUGCGUCUCCAGGCCAGCAGGAGGGAGGACUGGAGGCAGAGCAGACUCCUUUUAUCCAAACCGGAGCGUUUCCCAGCCUCUGGCCUUUGCGGGAUCCGCGUUUCGUUCCCUGAAAUUGCCGGCAGGUUUAUCUGCCUCGAAGACAGAAAGCCACACCGCUCAGCAGCCUGGAUCUGCAUGCGGAGAGCAAACUUGCCGCGGCUUUUCCAUCCCCCUCGGCUCCCUGGCGGUUUGUCAUCUCACAGCCGAAUUCAUUUCCCCGAGAAACUUGGCACCAGAGGUGUCAAGCCCGGGAACAUAUUUGUUUGUGUAAAUUAG